UCCCGACUCUGAACACAACUGAACCUUUAUCAGAACAGCCUCUGGAUGCCUUUCCCAGCGAGAGAGAUCAGAUCUCGGACCUGUAGCUGAGGGCAACCCCUUUGAGAAGCGGAUGAAGAAACAAAUCUUACUACAUUUCCCAUACAGAGGACUAGUGAGCAAAGGAAAAAAGAGUAAAAGAAGAAAAUGGCCAAUUUUAUAUUACGGAAAGCCGAGCCCAAGGACGUGUCUGACAUACUGCGACUCAUAAAGGAACUGGCAAAAUUUGAGGAAAUGGAAAAUCAAGUUAUUCUCACUGAAAAAGAUCUCCUGGAGGACGGUUUCGGAGAUCAUCCCUUCUAUCACUGUAUAGUGGCUGAAGUGCCUAAACAGCACCAGAGCGCCGACGGUCAUGUGAUCGUUGGCUUUGCCAUGUAUUAUUUCACCUAUGACCCCUGGAUUGGAAAACUGCUCUACUUGGAGGACUUCUACGUCAUGAAGGAGUAUCGGGGUUUUGGAAUCGGUUCUGAAAUCCUGAAGAAACUGAGUGAGACGGCGGUGAGGACUCGGUGUAGUAGUAUGCACUUCAUCGUGGCGGAGUGGAACAAGCCCUCCAUCGACUUCUACAAGCGGCGCGGGGCGUCAGAUCUCUCUCUGGAGGAAGGGUGGAGGCUCUUCAAGAUCGACAAGCAGAACCUCCUCAAGAUGACCAGCGAGGAGUGAACCGACCGGAUGUGGUGUUUACUUUAGUCUAGGACUGACCUUCAAAUGGCAUUUUGAAGCAUUCAGCGUGUGAUUUUUACAUCCAAAACCCAUAAUUCUAAAUGGAAUUAUAUACCCAUAAUUCUAUAUGGAAUUAUAUACCCAUAAUUCUAUAUGGAAUUAUAUACCCAUAAUUAUAUAUGGAAUUAUAUACCUAUAAUUAUAUAUGUCA